GGGGCACGGCUGGCGCGGGGCAGCCCCACGGGGAUUUGCCGGCGUGAGGGGCUGGGGCCGGGCCAGCAUGGAGCCAGCCAGCGGCCUCCCCAACGCGUCCGAUAACAGCAGCCGGGCGGCGAGCGCCCCGCACUCGCCCGCGGCCACGGCGCUCAUCCUGCUGGCCGCCCUCGCCGUCCUCCUGGCCACGCUGGUGGGCAACGCGCUGGUGGUGGUGGCCGUGUCCACCAGCCGGGCCCUGCGGGCGCCCCAGAACCUCUUCCUGGUGUCCCUGGCCUCCGCGGACAUCCUGGUGGCCGUCCUCAUCCUGCCCUUCUCGCUGGCCAACGAGGUGAUGGGCUACUGGUAUUUCGGCAGCCUGUGGUGCAGCCUCUACCUGGCGCUGGACGUGCUGCUCUGCACCGCCUCCAUCGGGCACCUCUGCGCCAUCAGCCUCGACCGCUACUGGGCCGUCACCCGGGCCGCCCGGCUCAACCUGCGCCGCAGCCCCGGCCGCGUGCGGGGCAUGAUCGGGGCCGUGUGGGCCGCGGCCGCCCUGGUGGCCCUGCCGCCCCUCUUCAAGGCCCGGCCGCGGGCCCGGGAGUGCGCGCUCAGCGACGACACGUGGUACGUGCUGGCCUCCUGCGCGGCCUCCUUCUUCGCCCCCUGCCUCAUCAUGGUCACCGUCUACUGCCGCAUCUACCAGGUCACCAAGCGGAGGCAGGCGGCCGUCCCCGCCGCCCGCCGCGGCCUGGCCCCGCCGCCCCGGCGCCCCGGGGAGCCGGGCGGCCCCGGCAGGAGGCUGUCGUGGGCGCCGGCCCCCGGCCGCCGGCGCUGGAGCCAGCACCAGAGCGUGUCGCUGUGCCGCCGGCGGCUGGUGCGGGUGCGGGAGCGCCGCUUCACCGUGGUGCUGGCCGUGGUGAUGGGGGCCUUCGUGCUCUGCUGGUUCCCCUUCUUCUUCACCUACAGCCUGGAGGCCGUGUGCGGCGACAGCUGCCGCGUCUCCAAGCCCCUCUUCAGCUUCUUCUUCUGGAUCGGCUACUGCAACAGCAGCCUCAACCCCCUCAUCUACACCGUCUUCAACAGAGACUUCCGCACCGCCUUCCGGAGGCUCCUCGCCGCCCCGGCGCGGCGCGGCACGGCACGCAGGGCGUCCCCCGCGGGGCCGGGAGCCACCGGCCCCCGAGCCGCACUCCCGGCCCCGCGCGGGCUGGGGACCGCGGGGCGCAUGGAGCGGGCGGAGGACUCUGCUGCUGAGCUUGCCUUCCAGUUAUUUUCCAAAACGUAG